AUGGAACUGGAAGCAUUACGUUCUAUUUAUGAAGGAGACGAAAGCUUCCGGGAAUUGAGUCCAGUUUCAUUCCAGUACAGGAUAGGUGAAAAUGGCGAUCCCAAAGCCUUCUUAAUAGAGAUUUCCUGGACAGAAACAUAUCCCCAAACACCUCCAAUUAUAUCUAUGAACGCUUUUUUUAACAACACCAUAUCAUCAGCUGUAAAGCAGAGCAUAUUAGCCAAGUUACAGGAAGCAGUGGAAAUUCAUCUCGGGACCGCCAUGACCUACACGUUGUUUGAAUAUGCCAAGGACAAUAAAGAGCAGUUCAUGGAGAAUCACCACCCCAUUAAUUCUACGAUACCCAUAAGCAGUAUCAUCUCCGUUGAAACUCCUAAUACAGCCCCAUCAAGUAAGAAAAAAGACAAAAAAGAACAACUUUCAAAAGCUCAGAAACGUAAGCUGGCAGAUAAAACAGAUCACAAAGGACAGCUUCCCCGAGGAUGGAACUGGGUUGACGUGGUGAAGUGCGAGCUUGCAAACAGAUGCAAAGCCCAGAAAUGCAGCGUUCACGCGCUGCGAGGUGUGGCCCGCCCUUCGAAGAGACAGUCGUGGGCAGGGAGCUUCGGCAAGACUCGGAGAGAUGCUCUGGCCUUUCUGCUUACAGCCAACAGGCUGCUGGGUUUCGCGUGGUGCGGUGUCAAAGGAGAGUCAGACCUUGUGAUCAAAGGAGAGUCAGACCGUAGCGGGGACUGA